AUGCGAAUCUGGGUGAACAAGGACGUCCGGUUACGGGAUGAGGGAAUUCACAUUGCUGGUGGUUUUCAUAUCGCCGGAGUGUCGCAUGUGAUUUCCACUUUGUGGAAGAUGUCAGAUGAGAUUUCGUCGGAGCUUGCGGGUGCAUUCUAUGCCAAUAUAAGACAGAAUGGGCAGGACAGCCUGGAUAUGGAUCGAGCGCCAUAUGCUCUUCAUGAUGUUGUUGGGGCUAUGAGGCGGGAGGGUGUCCAUCCGAUGCUAUGGGGCGCUUUCAUUCACUCAAGUCCUUGA